AUGUUUUAUUUAAAAUAUGUUUGGUCUCUUACUUUUUUACAUUUCACGUAUGCUACACUUAAAUUCAAUCUGUACUAUACAGAUUCGAUAAGUAAUACUUCAUUACAGUAUAAUUGUUUACGUAUUGUCACUUCGACACGUGGAAGAAAUACGAAUAAUCAACAAAAAUUUCGUCUUAAUCCUGAAACUGACACAAUUAAUCUUGAAAUAAUGUCAUAUUGUAUGAACGAGUUCUCACCAAGCUUUCAUAUUGAAGAAAAAACAGAUGAUGAUAAGAAAUUUACUUUUUAUGAUCUUUCAAAAAAGAAUAUUACUAGUGAACAAUUAUAUCUUUGGUCAGCACCAAUUGAUCUUAUUGAAAAAUAUCAAUCCUAUUUAAACAAACAAUCAGAAGCCAAUGAAAUCUUCUAUAAUUGUACAUUACCCAGAUUUGGUCUUCAAUGUCAAUAUGAAUUUAUCUCUUCUCAUUCUAAUUAUUCAUCCAUACAUGAACUUAUUCAUAAAUAUUAUACAACAAAUAUCUAUAAUUCAGCUAGUUUAACCUGUUAUAAGCAUUUAGAAUGUUAUCAUGGUUCGAAUCUCGUAUGUUUAGAUUGGAUUGACAUUUGCAAUGGUCAUAUCGAUUGUAUUGAUAAUGGAAUAGAUGAAGAAUAUUGUUGGCAACUUGUAAUAAACCCAUGUAAUGAGAAUGAAUUUCAGUGUCAUAACGGACAAUGUAUUCCGAAGAUAUUUUAUCAAGAUGAUAAAAAUAUUUUUGAUUGUGUUGAUGCUUCGGAUGAAAUUUUAAGUUAUCGAAAUCUCCCAAAUCUAUGUCAUACACGUGAACCAACAUUCGGAUGCGAAGAUAGAAUAUGUAAAGAAGGAUUGUCAACAAGUUCAUGUGUGAAUAAAAGAAAACCUUUACCCAUGAAUACGAUAUUUUCGAUUCGAGAUAAUUCUACAAGCGAUGAUUGUUGGUUUGCAAUAAGAUGUAUGUUCGAUCGAUUAUAUUCCAAAGAACUAUUUUGUCAAAAAGUUUAUGCAGAACGCACACAUCGAAAUACGUUAUUAGAUACCUGCCCAGAAAUACUUUUUGUACCUAAUUAUCCAAUUUUAUUUGGCGAUACUUAUAUCAUUAUGUACAAAAAUCAAUUAAAAGAGCUAAGCAAUGACUCGUUUUUAUCGCCAUAUAUUUUUUCUAAUUCAUCUUUUCGUUAUGAUAGUUCUCUUAAUAUUUUGUCGGAGAUUCAUUUUAAAAGUAAUCCGUUCGAAAUUUCAACUGGUAAUACAGAUAGUGAACUAAUAAUACAAUAUUACCAAUAUCUUGACGAUGUUUAUGGAAAUCUGAAACGACACCGUCUUUAUUUAGACUGCGCAUCGAUAAAUUGUAAUAGAUCGCAUAUCUACCAAUGCACAAAUUCAUCAAAAUAUAUUUUACUACAUCGCCUUUUUGAUAUAAAUGUUGACUGUCCACACAAGGAUGAUGAAAAUAUGUCAAUUAUGAAAACGAAUCCUAAUUUGAAGGAACAAUUACAAAAAAGUCAUUUUUAUUGUCAUGCAGGGAACAAAUAUCUUUCGCCAGGUUUGAUUAAUAAUAAUAUCUGUGAUUGUCCAGAUAAUGUACUAGGUUUAUGUGUAGAUGAAAAUGUUGGAGAUGAGGAUAUUACAAGAGAAAUAUUGUUUCCAACAGUUUGUGAUGGAUUUCAAGAAUUAUUACCAAUUCUCAUAGAAAAUCAAAAUCAUACGGAUGAAACAGAAUGUCAACAAUGGGAAUGUGACAAUGUUUAUACGCAUUGUGAUGGUGUAUGGAAUUGUGAUAAUGGUGCAGAUGAAACUGGUUGUGAUCAAAUAUCAAGAUUAAUGUGUUCUAUAAACCAACAUUUAUGUGUUUCUAUAUCAACAUAUAAAUUAACUUGUGUAGAUCUUAGUAGAAUAAAUGACGGUAAACUUGACUGUAUUGGUGGUACUGAUGAACCAAGACGAACGAUGCACUUACCACAACCUAGUGGUUUAAAACGUUAUGCAUAUAUAUUCACUUGUAUGAAUCACACAGUUAGUCCCGAUUUAUUACCUUUCAUGUUAUGUAACGGUCACACUGUAUGUAAGUAUGAGGAUGAUGAAAAGUUUUGUGAUACAGAUCAAACAAAUUUCGCACAUCGUGGAAUUUGUCUAUCAAAUAAUAUAUACUAUGGUUCACAUGCUGAGAAGUUCUUAUGUGGAUUUGUAACGAUUAAAUACAAACGAGCGUAUAUAUUUUUUAAACUUGAUAAUGUCAUUAACUUGCCCAAGAGAAUUAGUGAAGAUAGUAUUGAUCAUUCAAGUUUAGCUUCUCAGCUUAAAUUUCAUUGCCAUCGUGGUCUUAAUUUACGUGUUUGGCCAAAUAAUGAUCGAAUAUGUCUUUGUCCGCCAAGUUAUUAUGGUGAUGAUUGCCAAUAUCAAAAUCAACGUAUUAGUCUUGUUAUCAAAUUUCGAGCUUUAUCGGAUUCAUGGCGAAUAGAAUUUGCAAUAAUUAUUUCACUUAUUGAUAAUAGUGAUGAUCGAAUUGUUCAUUCAUAUGAACGAAUAACAUAUUUAUCAUUGAAAGAUUGUAAAACCAAAUUUCAUUUUUAUCUUCUUUAUUCAACUCGACCGAAGGAUUCAAUGAAAAACUAUUCGAUACAUAUAGAUUUCUAUGAACGAAAAACUUUAAAUCAUCGAGGAAGUUUAUUAUAUCCCAUUCUUUUCCCAUUUUUACCUGUGUAUCGUCUUGCAUUAAUCGUUGAUAUACCUCCAGCUAGUAAUAUUCAAAGUCAAAUUUGUUCAAAAAAUCAAUGUAAACAUGGAAAAUGUAUUAAAUACGUAAAUAAUCUCGAUUUCUGUCAAUGUAAAGAAGGAUGGUAUGGACGAGAUUGUACUAAAAGAUAUAUCCAUACAUGUUCAUCGGAUUCAUUAUCAAUUGGAAUCUCAGCUAAUCAACGAUCAAUAUGUGUUUGUCCACCAAAUAAAUUUGGUCCUCGAUGUCUACUCUCGAUUAAUACAAUGUGUCAAAGCAAUCAUCAGACAACAUGUCAGCAUGGUGGUCAAUGUGUUCCAACUAAUCCUGAGAUGAUAUCUAAUCAAGAAUUUACAUGCGUUUGUGAAAGCAAUUACAGUGGAGAUCGAUGUGAAACAAUUGAUACUGUAAUUAGUUUAUCAUUUCAUACAGAUAUUCUUCUAUCACACGAAUUGUAUAUCCAUUUUAUUCGAAUUAUGAAUAAUUUAACACAUCAACGAUCAACAACCGCUCGUUCGCUUACAGUUAAAGAAGAUUUAAUUAAUAUAACAUGGCCGCAACCAUUUCAUAUUGUUUUUAUUGAUAUUUCGAAUAAGUCUUAUUAUUUAGUUGCUGUUGAAAAUAUUUAUAUUCCAUCAAGAAAUAUCAAUAAAAUGAUUAAAUCAUCCGACCGUUGUUUACAUAUAAAUGAAUUUUCAUUAAACAAAACAUUAGUUCAAUGGCAUAUUCGUCGUGUUAAAUAUUAUCAUUUACUCUGUCAAAAUCAAUCAGUAAAUUUUCCUUGUUUUUAUGAUGAUUUGCAGAUAUGUUUAUGUUAUCAAUAUGGUGGAAAACGUUUAGCGAAUUGUUUUAAUUUUGAUCAUAAUAUGACAUUUAAUUGUGAAGGCCAAAGUGAAUGUGAAAAUCAUGGUAAAUGCUUUGAAGAUCAAUCUGAAUGUCCAACAACAUCGAUUUGUUUAUGUCCGCCAUGUUAUUUUGGACAACGUUGUCAACUUACAACUAAAGGUUCUGGUUUAUCUCUUGAUGUUAUAUUAGGUUAUCAAAUAUUACCAAAUCUAAAUAUUAAUAAUCAACCAUUUAUUAUAAAAUUAAAUUAUGCAUUAGCUAUAAUCUUUCUCAUUCUUGGAUUUCUUAAUGGUAUUCUUUCUCUCAUGACAUUUCUCAAUAAAACAAUAUGUAAAGUUGGUUGUGGUUUGUAUUUAUUAACUUUAUCAAUAAUAAGUUUACUGAUAACAAUUUUCUUUGGAUUGAAAUUUUUUAUUCUUCUUUAUUCUCAUAUGUCAAUUCUAAGAAAUGAAACAUUUUUACGUCAUCAAUGUUAUAUAUUUGAUUUUAGUUUACGUUUGUUUCUUUCAAUUUCUCAAUGGUUAAAUGCAUGUAUAGCGAUUGAACGAACUAUUACAGUGAUAAAUGGGGUGAAUUUUGAUAAGGAAAAAAGUAAAAAAACAGCUCAAAUUAUAAUUAUUAGUCUUUUUAUUAUUACGGGUAGUAGUUGUAUUCAUGAUUUAAUUUAUCGCGAAUUGAUAACUGAAAUAAAAUCUGAUGAUACUCGUCUAAAUCAAUUCUGGUGUGUUGUUCGUUAUUCAUCAAAGUUAGAAAUCUAUAAUUCUCUUAUACAUACAUUUCAUAUUAUUGGUCCAUUUAUUAUUAAUUUAGCAUCUGUUGUAAUUCUCAUAUUAAAAAAAACUCGACAAGAAUCAAAUCUUCAUAAGCAACAAUCUUAUAAACUUAUUUUACGUAAAACAAUUAAAGAACAUCGAAAUUUAUUAACUGCUCCAAUUGUUUUAGUUAUUCUUGGUAUCCCACGUAUAAUUCUUAUAUUUGUAUCAAAAUGUAUGAAAUCAUCAAAUGAUGCAUGGUUAUUUCUUACUGGAUAUUUUAUUUCAUUGAUUCCACCAAUGUUAAUCUUUUUAAUAUUUAUUUUACCGUCAACAUUUUAUAAAGAAAUAUUUUACAAAACUUUUAAACCGCAUAUAUUCAAUAUUUUACGAUGGUUUGGUUUGAUACAAUAA